AUGGCCGACGAGGAGGACUACAGCUCCCUCCCGUUACCGGACAGAUUCACACACAAAAUCUGGAAGGUGCGGAAAGCAGCGUACGAAGAUGCCGCCAAGCAAUUUUCCGUCUCCCCAGACGAGGACGACCCUUGCUUCCGACCCUUCCUAAACGACCCCAGUCUGUGGAAGUCAGCCGUCACCGACUCCAACGUCGCCGCCCAGCAGGAUGGCAUCGUUGCCCUGUGCUCGUUUCUCAAGUACGGUGGGCGCAACUGCUGCGUACGAACGCGCGGUGGUACUGUCACGGCCAUCGUCGAGAAGUGCCUUUCGUCCACCCGAGCCGCCACGAAGCAGAACGCCAUCGAGGCCCUGCUCCUCUAUAUCGAGCUCGAUGUUUCCGGCCCUAUCAUCGAAGACAUGAUUCCAGGCCUCUCAAACAAGGUGCCCAAAAAUGUCGCGGCCACGCUCAACGCCUUGACACAGAUCUUCCACAACUACGGCUGCAAGGUCGUCGACCCCAAGCCCGUCCUUAAGUGCCUCCCCAAGGUGUUCGGUGCCGCCGACAAGAAUAUCCGUGCCGAGGCCACCAGCCUCACAGUCGAGCUGUACAGGUGGCUGCGCGAGGCCAUGAAGCCCAUGUUCUGGGGUGAGCUCAAGCCGACUCAGCAGACUGACCUGGAGGCACAGUUUGAGAAGAUCAAGGCCGAGGGCCCACCAAAGCAGGAACGCCUCCUGCGGUCCCAGCAAGCGGCGUUGGAUGCUGCCCCCGAGGGCGGCGAUGGUGGAGGCGACGAUGAUGGCGGCGAGGACGAAGAUCCCGGGGAGAUGGACGCCUUUGACCUGGCUGAGCCGCAGGAUGUUCUCAAGAAGAUCCCUCCCAACUUCUCCGAGCAGCUGGCUUCCUCAAAGUGGAAGGACCGCAAGGAGGCUGUGGAGGCACUGUACCAGGCGGCCGACGUGCCACGCAUCAAGGAUGGCGAUUACAACGAGGUCGUUCGCGGUCUUGCCAAAUGCAUGAAAGACGCCAACGUCGCCGUCGUCACCCAAGCAGCUCUUUGCGUUGAUGUGCUGGCCAAGGGUCUUCGGAAGGCCUUUGGAAAGUACAGACCCGUCAUCACACAACCGAUCCUUGACCGACUCAAAGAGAAGAAGGCCACCGUGGCGGAUGCCCUUGGCGCUGCCCUUGACGGCGUCUUUCUGUCUACCAAUCUGAGCGAAUGUUUGGAAGACAUCACGGCCUACCUCAGCAACAAAAACCCCCAGGUCAAGGAGGGCACUAUGAAGUUCCUCAUCCGUUGCCUGCGGACUACGCGCGACGUCCCCGCCAAGCCAGAGAUCGUCUCGGUGUGCGAGAGCGGGAAGAAGCUGCUCGGUGAAUCGAGCCCGGCACUUCGCGAUGGCGGUGCAGAGAUCCUGGGAACCAUCAUGAAGAUUAUUGGAGAGCGCGCCAUGACACCUUACAUAGAUGGCCUGGACGACAUCCGCAAGACCAAGGUCAAGGAGUUCUUCGAGACGGCCGAGGUCAAGGCCAAGGAGAAGCCCAAGCCCAAGCCUGCCGCCGCACCUCCCAAGGCGGCUGCUGGCCCGGCAAAGAAGAUGGUUCCCGGUAAGAGGCCGGCGGCUAAGAAGCCGGCAGCACCAGCCGCUGCAGAGCCCCCCUCCAGCCCACCAAAGACCGCACCGGCCGGAGGCAAGCUCGGCCUCCCGAAGUCGGGUGGCCUUGCUGGCCUGAAGGCCCCACAGAGACGCCUUGGCGCCCCGGGGCCUGCCUCGCCACGCCGUGCACCCGCGGGACCCCCGGUGAUGCCCCCUGAAGACGACGCACCACCGCCGCAGCCCCGCAGCGGUCUCACCAGAGGCCUGACAGGCCGAUCGCUGGCAAAGCCCGCAUCCGCAGCACCGCAGAUGCCGCCCGAGUCACCGCCGCCGGCUAGCGGCCUGACAGCGGCAGAGCGCGCAGAGCUAGAUGAGCUGCGUGCUUCCAACGACCGCUACUCUCGCCAGGUAGACGACAUGAGGCAGGAGCGCAGCAAGUUCAUGACGGAGAUCCAAGAGCUCAAGAACCAAAACGCUGGACUGAUCGAGGACCACACUCGUGAUGUGCUGAGCAUCAAGGCUAAGGAGACGCAGCUGGUGCGCGCGCGCAGCGACGCCGAGGCGGCUGAGCAGGUCAAUGAGCGUCUAAGGCGGGAGCUAGAGCGUCUCAAGAGGGCUCUCAGUCGCGCCGAGGGCCUAGGUGCUCCGUCGUCAGGAAGCGGUGGUAUGACCAGCCCCGUCGUCACUUCGCCCGUCAACACCAACUACGACGACGUCGGCAUCUUCCGCGACUCCGGGGGUGCUGCUACUUCUUCCUCCAGCAGGCACCGCGCCAGCUUCACGAGCACCAUGUCGGAGGAAAAGGAGAACGGUGCCGAGGCCGGCGGUGCCGGCGCAGGCUACUAUCCCCCCCGCAACAAGGCUCUCAGUCCGGAAAUGCGGUACGCUGGAAGCACCCCUUCCUCGGGACGGGGGUCGCCGGCCCGCGGGUUCAGGAGUAGCCGCGAGCGUGGAUACGACGAUGGCGCCGACUCCGGCGCUACCCCUGCCUCUGCUGGGAGCUACGGUCUCUCUAGGGAUAGGCCUUCAGCAAUGGGCCCGCCUCAGCCCUCGGGCAAUGGGAACGGGCAGGAGAGUUGGAAGAGGGCCGCUGAGGUGACGAGUCAGCUGAAGGCGCGUAUUGAACAGAUGAAGGCCAAGCAGGGAUAUGGUCGUUCAUGA